UCCCGCCCCCGCUCUCUGACUCCGGAUGUCUCAACUGUGCCUGCUCGUCCCUCCAGUCAGGACUACUGCUCCCCGGAGCCCUGCCGCGACAAAGCAUACCGCGCGAGGACGCUGUAGCGGGAGGCCGGUGCUCUGAGGCGAAGGGGAGGCUCCGCCCUUUCCGGCGCUCUCUGGGCCGAUUUUCCCAGCACUCCCCGCAAGCCUCCGGAUUUUAGGGUCACCUUUCCCUGCCUUCCGCAGACCUCGGUUGCCGGCCUGGGUUUCCGCGUGCCGCCCUUCUUUGCAGAAACCAACCAUGCUUUAUCAGAAUUUGGUGAAACAUGUUUGGAUUCCACUGAAGCCCUACUACACCCAGGUUUACCAAGAAAUCUGGGUAGGAAUGGGUUUGAUGGGGUUCAUUGUUUACAAAAUCAGAAGUGCUGAUAAAAGAGCCAGAGCCUUGAAAGGUGCAGAUGCAGCUGCUCCUGCUCAUGGACAUCAUUAACUGGAUUUACUUUGGGAUUAUGCAUAAUAUGAAACAUCAGGCUAGCUGCAAAUCUGGGCAUUUAAUAAUAGGAGCAGGAAUUCACCAAUUUCCCAUGUUAACUUUUAGAUAUUUGUUCAUAUGAAAUAAAGUCAUACAUGGAAGACGAUUAUUAUGAUUCAGUUCAAUUGAAGUAUCAUACCCUUUUUUGUUUUAUCUGGUCCAUACCACUUUGAUAUAUGUAUACAUUGCAACUUUAGUAUUUGUUUUGUAAUGCAUCUGGUGGAUUGACUGUAAUUGCCUCUCAAAUAAAAUUAUUAAAAAUUUUGAAACUAUCAAAUUUAUGUAAGUCUGGAAGAGCUGAGUGAUUUCAAUAAAUAUUUGAUUUACUUAAAA